UGAAACAAACCGACGACGGCACCGAUAUGCCGAAUCCAAUAUUCACUAUUUUCUCGUUCCCUUUUGUUUUCUGUCUCGAGGCAUUUUAUCAUUGACAAUUAUUUUUUUGCUCUUUAAUAAAACUCUCAUUUUCAUAUUCAUCGGAGCCUCGAAAUAGCACCUCUGUUGUUGUUUGCUCUGUUGCUUCAGACACCACUGUGAUAGAGAACCUACUCAAGGCCAAAGCUCCCAAAGAACUGCUUCAUAGAGUUCUACUGUAUAGGUUGUGGAAUUUGUUGGCGGAAUAAGGUGGCACAAUUAGAAUGGAUGAUGAUGUGUUUAUAGAGCAGCAAGUGCCAUCAGGUUUCCUGAAAGGAAUACAAUUUAAUGUUUUGACUGAAGAGGACAUAGAGAAAUGUUCUGUUACAGCAAUAGAUGCAGCUAAUGAAGUGACUGACCCUAGGCUGGGGUUCCCAAAUCCAUUGUCUCAGUGUUCCACAUGUGGUGGCAAAAAUUUAAAAAAUUGUGAUGGACACAUUGGGAUCAUCAAAUUUGCAGUGAAUGUUUUGAAUCCUUUCUUUAUUUCAGAAACCGUACAAAUUCUCAAUUCGAUUUGUCCUGGAUGUAGGUCCGUUAGGCACGAUCUGAAGAUCAAGGACACAGAUACAUUGAAGUCAUUGACAAUGGACAGUCACCAAUAUAAGGAUUGCAAGUAUUGUGCUAAGCAGGGAAGUUCAAAAGAAUGGUAUCCAACGAUGAAAUUUAAGGUUGCCUCGAAAGAUUUGUCAAAGAAGAAUACUUCUUCGGUUAUAGUAGAAGUGAAUGAAAAGUUGCCAAAGAAGUUUGCAAAUAAAAAUCUAGGUGAGGUAUUGCCUACAGAUUAUUGGGAUUGUAUUCAGAAAGAUCCAGAACAGGAAGAGAGUUUCUUGAAACCGAAUCGAAGAAGUCUAUCACCUUUCCAGGUUUAUUGUUUACUAAAAAGUGUUGAUCUAAGGUUCCUAAAGAAAUUUGUUUUAAGACCAGAAGCAAUUUUCCUUUCUUGCUUUCCUGUAACACCAAACUGUCACCGUAUCAUGGAGUUGACACAUUUAUCCUCUAAUGGCCACCAAUUAGCUUUUGAUGAACGCACCAAGGCUAUGAAGAAGCUAAUUGAUUCUAAGAGGCAUGCGAAUGAGCUCAGUUUACAUGUUCGUAAUUGUCUAAGUGUCUCCAAGCUGCAUACAGACAAGUCACUUAAAAAGGACACUGUCUUGGGUAAGAAUGAUUCUGUUUCAAGUAUGUGUGGUUUGAAAUGGAUCAAAGAAAUUAUGCUUGGCAAGCGAACGGAUUAUGCAUUCCGUAUGACUGUAAUUGGAGACCCGAAAAUUAGCUUGUGUGAAAUUGGUGUACCACGAAUGGUUGCAGAGAAUUUACAAAUUCCUGAGUAUCUUAAUGUACAUAAUUGGGAAAAACUGAUUAACCAUUUAAAGUUUCAUCUCAUUGAAAAGGGACGUUUCUUUAUCAGGAGAAAAGGUAAACUGGUUCAAUUAUGUGAUACAAGUGAACUGAAAUUAGGAGACAUUGUAUACAGACACCUCGACGAUGGUGAUAUUGUUUUAAUAAACAGGCCUCCUUCAGUGCAUCAGCAUUCUCUCAUGGCUUUGUCUGUGAAGGUCCUACCAAUAAACUCAGUUGUUUCUAUAAACCCACUUUGUUGUUCUCCUUUAUCUGGGGAUUUUGAUGGUGAUUGCCUUCAUGGGUUUAUUGCUCAAGCUAUUGACUGUAGAGUGGAGCUCAGGGAGCUUGUUGCCUUAAGCAAACAGUUAGUUAAUGGACAAAAUGGUCAAAACUUGCUCUCACUGAGUCAUGAUAGUUUAUCUGCUGCACAUUUGGUUACACAGAAUGGGGUUUUCUUGGAUAUGUUCCAAAUGCAGCAGUUGAAAAUGCUGUGUCCGCACCAAUUGCAGAUUCCAGUUAUUCUAAAAGCACCAUUGCUUGAAGCUCCUCUUUGGACUGGCAAGCAAUUAUUUGACAUGCUACUUCCUCAGUCUUUUGAUUAUGUUUUUCCAUCAAGUGGUGUCAAAAUCAGUAAUGGGGAGCUUUUAUGUUCUUUUGGCGAAUCUUCUUGGUUGCGUAGCAGAGCAGGCAGCAUUUUCUCUGUUCUUGUCGAUCAUUACCAGAAUAGAGCCAUUGACUUCCUUUUUGCUGCUCAGGAUGUUUUCUGUGAGUGGAUAUCAAUGGGGGGUUUUAGUGUUUCUUUAUCUGAUAUUUACAUUGCUUCUGAUUCACAUUCCCGGAAAAAUAUGCUUGAUGAAGUAAGAUGUGGUUUGCAAGAAAUAAAGAAGAAAAUAUAUAUCAAGCAGUUGAUGGUGGAUCCUGAGAUGGUGCACCUUCUGAGAUAUGAUGGAGAGAAUACAAAAACCAAUGGCUAUAGAGUGGAUCAAGAAUGCCCCUCAAAUCAGGAGUCGGUUGUCCUAUGUCAAGUUUCCGUUAGUUCUUUUCGUGAAGCCUUUCAUGAUAUUCAGAGCCUAAUCCAUCAAUAUGCCAGUAAUGACAACUCAUUGUUGGCUAUGUUAAAGGCUGGGAGCAAGGGUAAUUUGCUGAAAAUAGUUCAGCAAGGCCUUUGUCUUGGUUUGCAACAUGCUUCAGUUCCAUUAUCUUUCCAGAUUCCAUGCAAACUUUCCUGCGCUUCUUGGAAUUACCAAAAGUCUCAUGAUAUUCCUGCAUGUAGUAUAUCUAACAUACCCUAUGCUGUUGUUGAAAAUUCUUUUCUUGAUGGGUUAAACCCACUUGAAUGUUUUGUUCACUCAGUGUCAACUCGUGAUAAUUCUUUUGGUGAGAAUGCUGAUCUUCCUGGCACUUUGACCAGAAAGCUUAUGUUUUAUAUGCGUGAUCUCUAUAUCGCUUAUGAUGGAACAGUGAGAACUGCUUAUGGAAAUCAACUUGUUCAAUUUUCUUAUGGUUGCUUCAAGGGUGAUUCUGUUCAAGAUCCUUGUGGGUUAUUUGGUGGGAGUCCAAAUGCUUAUGAUGGAGUUGGUGGUCAACCUGUUGGUUCAUUAUCUGCUUGCUCUAUUUCUGAAGCUGCAUACAGUGCCCUGGAUCAGCCAAUAAGUAAACUUGAAAUUUCUCCACUGCUGAACCUAAAGAAGGUGUUGGAAUGUGGUCAGAAAAAUGCUUCUGCUGAUCAAACUGCAUCUCUGUUUUUGUCCAAGAAACUUGGAAGAUGGAUUUGUGGCUUUGAAUAUGGUGCUACUGAAGUCAAGAAUCAUCUGGAGAGAGUAUUCUUUUCGGAUGUUGUUUCUACUGUCAUGGUUAUCUUUUCUCCACAGAGGCACAGUCAGAUGUCUGCCAGUCCUUGGGUUUGCCACUUUCAUGUAUGCAAGGAAAUGAUGGAACGGAGAGGACUAAAUAUCCAGUCUAUUAUAGAUGCUCUUCAAAGGAACUCCACUGGAGAACAAGCAAAAAUAAAUCUGCGGAAUAUAUUGAAUGAACUUAGAAAGAAAUACAAGUUAAGUGGAAAGCAAGUAAAAAUCAAACUUCCUAAUUUGAUGAUCUUAAGCAGGGACUGCACCUUCAUUGACCAGAGGGAAAAUGGUAGGACUUUUUGCAUAGUAGUCAUAGUUGAGAUUACCAAGGAUUCUUCUAAACAAUUGGAUACUGUUCGGGACUUGGUUGUUCCAUUCCUCUCAAGAACUGUAAUCAAAGGAUUCUUGGAGUUCAAGAGUGUUGAUAUUUUGUGGAAUGAUCUACCCCAGUCUUCAAAAUCCCAUAUGUUUUCUUCUGGUGAACUUUAUCUGAAGGUUUUUAUGUCAGAAGAUUGUGAAAGAACAAAAUUCUGGAGUUCUCUUCAAAAUGCAUGUCUUCCAGUUAUGGAUCUUAUUGAUUGGGAACGCAGCUAUCCAGAUAAUAUUUAUAAUAUUGUUUGUGCUUAUGGAAUAGAUGCUGGAUGGAAAUAUUUUUUGAGGAGUUUGAAGUUUGCACUAUCUGAUAUUGGAAAGACUGUACUGCUCGAGCACUUGCUUCUAGUUGCAAAUUCUCUUUCAUUUACAGGGGAGUUUCUUGGCUUAAGUGCUAAAGGAAUAAAAAGACAAAUGGAUCAAGCAUCUGUCUCAUCUCCCUUCAUGCAAGCAUGCUUUUCUAAUCCUGGUGCUUGCUUCAUCAAAGCUGCUAAAGAGGGGGCUGUUGAUGAUCUUCAGGGUAUUCUUGAUUCAGUGUCCUGGGGAAAGAAGGUCCCAAUUGGCACUGGGGGACACUUUGAUAUUCUAUAUUCUGGAAAGGGGUUUACACCUGCUAAACCUACAAAUAUCUACAGUGCACUAUGUCACGAAUCUAAAUCUCAUGGGGAGAAUGUAGAAACGGGUUUAACAGAUGCUUGCAGAAAAGUGUGCUGCAAAUGGGAGAAACAAUCCUUCUAUGCAUCUAAAGAUCCUUUACCUAAGGGAGAUAGUUCAGAAAACUUGCCAAGUUCAGUUUUGAGAAGUAUCUAUUCUAGAGAAGAUGUUCUGAAGUUGAAUAGUUCAUUGAAGCACAUAUUGCACAAGUACCCAAUUAAUGAUUACUUAAGUGAAGUGGAUAAAUCCAUCUUGUUGAGGGCUUUAUAUUUUCAUCCUAAAAGAAACCAGAAGAUGGGAACUGGACCAAAGGACAUCAAGGUACUUCCAAGAAUAAGGGUUGGCUAUCACUCGGAACAUCAGCAAUCCCGCUGUUUUAUGUUGGUAAGAACAGAUGGAACCAUUGAAGACUUCUCAUACAGAAAGUGUAUACUUGGUGCUUUGGAGAAAAUUUGUCCUCAAAUAGCAAGCAGAUUUCAAUUAAAGGGAUGGCAGUCCUGAUAAAGUGCAUAUUUAGCUACAGCCCUCAGGUGACAGAAUGUUAAGGCCAUGUAAAUACCCUUGUCUGUAGGUAGAGUUUGAAAAUAUCAUUUUCUGAUUAGACUUUUGGAUGGUCAGAAUGUUGGUCACCAUACUUAGAUUAUGUAAUAUUCAAGUUGUACAUGUGAAAGGAAAGCAAGAGCUAGUAAAGGUGAUCCAAUGCAAGUUGGAGAGCUGGAGCAGGCCAAAAAAUACCCGGGUUUAAGUAGUAAGAAAUGAUUCAAGGGUUCGGCAUUUAACCAUGGAUAUGGAUCGUGAUAGAAAUGGCAAAAGAGGAUUUAUGUAAUCAGCAUUGUUUAGUUGGGUAUGUUCAGUCAAGUAUUGUCCAUCAGUAAAAUUAGCAGUCAUAAGUCUUUUGAAUAUUGAUUGAUAUGUGAUUUCUCCACAAGGAUUGUAAACAUAUGCAGCAAAGAAGAAAGAAUACAAACCGAACUUGGCUUGUACACUGAAUAUGUUACAUAUGGCAUUCGCAAUUAAUGCCCAUUAUGAACAUAUCAAAUUCAUCUUGCAAUGAUUUUUUUUCACAUUCUCGUAA